GUCUUGUUUGAAUGUCUAGCCACUACCGAUAUUUGUGUGGGUCUUUUUUCACAACCUCUGUUUGUGACUUUUUUAUUUCUUUACAUUGAUCUUGGUAACAGCGACAUAGAUAUUUUGUAUUACGUCGAAGAGGUUGUUUGUAUAUCCAACUAUGUUUUGUUUGGAGUGACUGUACUGAUAUCAACAGCCAUCAGUGUUGACAGACUUCUUGUUCUGUUAUUGAGGCUGAGAUACAGACAAGUUGUGACACUAAAGCGAACUCAAGCUGUUAUACUUUUAUGCUGGAUAAUUGCUGUUUUGUGCGGAUUGGUUCGUGUCUGGAGUCAAACGGUUUCGGAGAUUGUUGCUUUUGUGGCCGUUGUGGUAUCUCUGGUUACUUCCGUGUUUUGCUACGUAAAGAUCCACCUGAGAUUACAGCGGUACCAGGCUGAAGUAGAAGACAACCCUGGCGAAGGACGGUCAAACGCAGGAGAAGAUAUAGGAGUAGGAAAAGAUGAAGCAAGCCCAAUAACGGGGAUUAGAACAGCCACAGAAGAAGGAGCAGGAGUAAAAGGUACAGGAAGGGGAAGAGUACGUGCAUGGACAGCAAAACAAAGAUUAAACGGGAGAGUUCAACUAAACAUCAAACAAUAUCAGAAAACAGUUUCCAGCAUAUUUUGGGUGCAGUUGGCUUUAGUGGCUUGCGACACCCCUUUUAUAAUUGUGUCGAUAUUGAGACAUACAGUACUUAGUGGAUCAGCAGUUCAUGCUCUGUGGCUCUCUACGAAAACUUUAGUUUAUCUGAACUCAUCUCUGAAUCCUUUUCUUUACUGUUGGAAAAUCACAGAAGUGAGAAAGGCAGUAAAGGACACAGCCAGGGCGUUUUAUUGUUGUUCGUGA